AGGUGGAGGUUAGUGAACAGAAGAAGGCACAUCGUUGUUAUCCGUCUGUCACUUUGGAUCGUGAGAAGCAGUUCUUCAGGUGUGAGUCCUAGCAAUAUGAUCAGGAAGAAAGGUCUGCUACAAGACAACAGCUGGAUUAAGAAAGAUGUAGAAGAAGAUGAACCAGUAGAUGAUGAUCCUAACUAUGGCAAAGAUGUCUUAAGUAGCCUUAAACCAUGGACCAGCACUGAAAGCAAGUCGACAUACACGACACAGAGCAACACAGCAAACUUAAACACCUCCGUUACCACAACCACUAAGAGGUUCAGUGAGAGUGAGGACUUUACAAAUAAAAGCACCAGUCCUACUGCCACCAAACCCCCGGUCCCUGAAAAGAAAACUGUACUUACAUCACCAUCGAACACUUUUACAGCUCGGGUGUUCUCUGGUGCAAACUCAAGCGAAAGACUAAAGUCAACAGAGACCUACACAACCUCAGAAAAAACCUAUCCUUCCUUUACAAGCAAAACAGAAACCUACUCAACAAACCUCAAUCAAAGUUCUGCCAUGAAGGAGCUUGCUGAUGAUUUGAUUCCCCCUAUGUCUCCCAGCAUUCAAACAAACCCUACCAGGAGUCCUUUGGAUAGGAGUUAUAAUACAUCUCAGCAAAUAAACACUACUGAAAUUGCAGUUAGCCCCACUGUGAAAGUGAUUUCACAUGUAUCCCAAACACCAGCACCUUCAACACCAUCCAGGAUUGUCGGUAAAAGGGAUCUCUGCUCAUUCUGUGCUAAAAGCAUUACUGAAGGAGAAAGGAUUAUUUUGGAUGACCUUCAAAUCUUCAGUCACACAUUCUGCUUCAAGUGUGACAUGUGUUUUCAUGCUCUUGGAAAUCUGGAGGCAGGCGACUCUCUGUGGGUGCACAGGGGAAGGGUGACAUGUGACAACUGUUACAUAAAGACCAAAGAUAAGUGGUAUCGCUGAAGACAUGAAGUCUGUUUUGUACCCUUGAAAAAGAAACAUCGGGACCAGUCUUCUGGGUUUAAAUCAAAACAUAAUUCUUUUUGUAACAUCUAAAUGGCAUGUUUGAAGAAUUUCUUUGACAUAUUUGCAUGGGGAAAAGAUGUGUAUAUAUCUGUGCUUUUUGUUUUUUGCAUAAUGGUUCUGGAAAUAUAUGAAUACAUACAUAUAAUCUGCAAUAAAAAUACAAACAAACAACAUACAGUAGACUACAGGUGCUAAAAGAACUUACGUUUGGAUGGUUUGGGUUUUUUUUGUCAAUGAUGAAUUGACUCUAAUAGACAGUAUAUAUGCAGAUCAGCAAUAUAGGUGAUGGAUGGAUAAAUGGAUGGAUGGAGUAAUAAAAUAGUUGAUGAGUACUUCAA